AUGCAAUUCACCAAGAUGGAAGGGGCCGGAAACGACUACGUCUACAUUGACGCCCGGAGCCAGCAAGCGGACUGGCCGGAGCUUUCCCGCCGUAUGAGCGACCGGCAUUUCGGCGUCGGCAGCGACGGGCUGAUCCUGAUCGCCGACUCCGACGUGGCCGACCUCAGGAUGGUGAUGUUCAACGCCGAUGGCUCCCAGGGUGAGAUGUGCGGCAACGGCAUCCGCUGCUUCGCCAAGUACGCCAUCGAGCGGGACAUUGCCGCGCCGUCGGACGACGGUCUGACCGUCGAAACGCUGGCGGGCAUCCGGACCGUGGUGCCGACCUACGACGGGCCGCGCAUCACCGGCGCCCGGGUGGCCAUGGGCGCGCCGAUCCUUGCCCCUGCGGAAGUGCCGGUGACGGUGCUGGCGUACCCGUUCACGAUGGACGGCUUCGACCUGCCGCUGAGCUUCGUGUCGAUGGGCAACCCGCACGCAGUGACCUUCAUCGAGCAGGCGGUGGCCGGCUUUCCGCUGCACACCGUGGGGCCGAAGGUGGAGCACCAUCCCAUGUUCCCGAGGCGGGUGAACUUCGAAAUCGUAAACGUGGACGCGCCCGGCAAGCUGACGGCAAGGGUGUGGGAGCGGGGCAGCGGCGAGACCCUGGCCUGCGGCACCGGAGCCUGCGCCAUCGCGGUGGCGGCAAGGCUGUCUGGGCACUGCGGCGACGAGGUGGACAUAACGCUGCCGGGAGGGACGCUGCGCAUCCAGUGGGACGGCAUGGGCGAGGUGAUGAUGGAGGGUCCGGCCACCGAGGUAUUCACCGGGGAGUGGGCCGCCUGA